GUCAGACGUCAGUCUAUUUGUCAAAAAAAGCGAACGAACGAAAGUUGUUCUCUUAUAAAAAAUAAGAAAUUUGGUUUAUUUGGAUCUAUUUUGUAUUAAUUAAAUCAAUAAGUAUUUUAUAAAAUCAUGAAGUUGGGACUGUUUUUAUUUCUCACGCUAAUAUAUGGUGCGAUGGCGUGGGAUGACGAUGAUUUAGAAGUAUUCGACGUGGUAGAAGAAGUCAACCAGAAUUUUUACGAAUUACUUGGUGUUACGCAGGAUGCUUCUCCAUCAGAAAUAAAGUCUGCAUUUAAGAAGCUGACUCUAAAAUUGCACCCGGAUAAGAAUGAUGCUCCAGAUGCAGAUGUACAAUUCCGGAAUCUAGUCUCAGUUCACAAUAUCCUCAAAGACCCAGGGAAACGAGAGAAAUAUAAUGAGGUGCUCGCAAAUGGUCUUCCAAACUGGCGGUCAGCGAUAUACUACUACCGGCACGUGCGCAAGAUGGGCCUGGCCGAGGGCUCCAUCAUCCUCUUCAUCAUCAUCAGCUUCGGCCAGUACGCUGUGGGCUGGGCAGCUUAUGCCGAGAAGAGGUUUACCGCUGAGCAAAUUAUAAGCAGUAGGGGUAAGAAAUCAUCCAAAAAGUCGGGCUUCGAUACCGGCCUCGCUGAGAUAUUGGAGCAGCUGCCGAAGCCGAGCGUCAAGGACACGCUGCCAUUCCAAAUCCCAAGGUUCCUGUGGUGGUCGGUCACCGCUGUGCCUCGGGCCAUUGCGGAGUUCAAACGGCAGAUGAAAGAGAGGGAGGAAGAAGCGAAGAGACAGAAGAAAAGGGAGGAAGAGGAGCGCGAGAGGGCCGAGCGGCAGACAGCGCAGGCGGCGCAGCCCAGACCCGCGCGUCGCCGCCGCUGGGCGCCGCCGCCGCGCGAGCCCGGCGACCCCGACGUCGGCGACCGUCACCGCCACGCGGCGCCGCGCUGCGAGCUCGCCGCACCGUCUCCACCGGUCAUAUCAGGUGGUCUAUGGACAGACGACGACCUGGCUGAGUUGGUUCGCUUAGUGAAGAAGUAUCCGGGGGGCAGUAGCGAGAGGUGGGAGCGGAUAGCGGAAGCGAUGGGCCGGGCUGUACCGGAAGUGACGCACAUGGCCGCCAAGUUGAAGGAGAACUGUUACAAGUUGCCCGGACAAGAGGCCAGUGAACCCCCGCCGCUGGAGCCGGUUAAAAAGGUGAAAACGCGUAAAACAGAAGAAGUGCCGGCGGGCAACUGGUCGCAGAGCCAGCAGAAGGCGCUGGAGACGGCGCUGGCGAAGCACCCGAAGGGCGGCGCCGGCGAUCGCUGGCAGAAGAUCGCGGCCGCCGUGCCCGGGAAGACCAAAGAGGAAUGUAUGCAGAGGUGUAGGUAUCUAUCAGAUAUGGUGAGGAAACAAAAGCAAAAAGAAGAGGAAGAUCAGCAGAAAGAAGAAGAGACACACAAUGACGCAGAGGAACUACAAAAUGGACUGCAGACUUGAGUUUGUGACAUUGAAGACUUCACCGCUGGCUGGUUAAUUUAUCGUCUAAAAUGUAUCGGUGGUUGUGCAAGACGGAAUGUUCGAAUAUAAUUAUGUUGUUA